UUCAAUUUGUUGUAACUGAACCACAAGUGUUGUGCGUGUGUUCUCAGCUUGCUCAACGCCUCCAGUUUCCACCUCAGUUCCCCCUUCGGUUGUCACCUUUGGCUCUCAUCCCAGGUUCCCUUCCCCUUUAUUAGUUUAUUCCAGCAGACUUCGUGGAACAUUGAAAUUCGCAAGUUCAUUCUACCUAGCAAGUCAUUUUGGGAGAAACCGACAACCAUAAUCGCCAUUCUUACAGACAAUUUAAGUUUCUAGGAUUUGUAUCAAUCACUCAAUCCAAGGAGAUCAAGUGCUGACUACGGUAACUAAGGAAGUAUGACUCCCUCUUUAAAGGUUAACCUACCUGCUUGCUUUCCGCGGUAUGGAACUGUGUACAAGAUAAUUUCAACAGUCCCUCUAAUCAGGUUUGUGUGAUGAGUUACUAGUGGCUGCUUCAGUUACAGAUCCCUGAUCCAAACUAUAACAAGUUCAUGCGAUUUCAUGACACAUUUGAAGUGCGGACAACAUAAUGAGACAUUCGUUUAGUGAAAUCUAACCAGCCCAUCUUAUAGUGCACUAUGGCUUAAAUGAGUCUCAUCAAGGACUUCAAUAAUAUUGGAAAAUGGCAAGUUUACCUCAAGAUUGAAUUAAGUUUCUCUAAUUCUUGGUAGAUGGUUUGACUUUGAUUUGAAUAAUUCCUUACAUGACUCAGUUACUUGAAAAAAUAUAAGAAGGAAGACAUGCAGCUAUCAGUUUGGUGGCAACCACAAGAUAAUCAUCUACAGUUUGGAACAACAGCUGUAUGUCUCUACAAAAAAUCAAACAAGGAAAGUUUUGAUUCAUAUGUAAGGAGGUGAAUCAAAGUAAGGGCAUGCCAUGUUUGAAGAUUAUAUGGGGAUAGCUCGAAAUUAGAACAGUGACUUAUUGGGGCGUUUGGUAAGACUUGAUACUUUGAGAAGGAAAACAACAAGCUCCUCAUCUUCAACAGCCUCUACUGCAGCAACUACUGCAUUUUUUGUGCUGCGAAGGUUAAUGGCAAAGGGGAUAAAGCGUGACAUGGUACUUCAAGAGAAUGCAACCUCGGAUUCGAGUAUGAUGACGAUGGUAAUAGGGAUGAACGUGAGGACCGCAGAGGUCACACAGUUAUGUGCAACAGUAGGGAAGGCAAUUCAGGAGGGUAGAAAAAUUCCACUCUUAUGGAAUAGAAUAAAGGUUCCAUGUGAGGAUCAUAGAACGACAUUCUACACUUAUGUUGGUGUACUUAUUCAUGAGCAUGUAGACAUCAACUACCUACGGUGGGGUGAUGUUCCUAAAGAGCUAAAGAAUUCACUUUACGAGUCGAUAACAGUAAGUAAAUGUUUUACUUUGAUCAAUUUAUAAUCACUUAAGGGCCUGUUCUCUUCGGCAUAAAAUAGCUGAACUGAUCUGAAUUGAACUGAACUGAACCGAACUGAACUGAAAUGAAUAGUGAUAUGUGAGAGUAAAAGUAUUGUCAAGAGCUGAACUGAACUGAACUGAACUGGUUUGAACUGAACUGAUCUGAAUUGAAUUGAACUGAACUGAAUGAACUGAAUUGAAUUGAACUGAACUGAACUGAACUGAAAAUAAGCUGGGGAGAACAGACCCUAACUGUAUAUGACUUUAUUACCAAUCACGAUUUCGCAUGCAUAGACAGAAAUAAUUAUACCACAAAACUCUAGAGUUAAAAGGUAAAAUAAUCCUGAAUUACCGAGAUCCUCUGAAUCGCUGAUAAAUUUAAUGGCAAAGACUUUUUCUCUAGUGGAAUUUGCUCAUUUUGAUUAAAUAUUGAUGCUAUAGUAUCCCAUCUAUGAUAGUAAUUGGGAAAUGGAGAAUUUCUUCUACGAAUUUUUUCUGCCAUUGUUACUUAAAGCAGGUAUAUUAAAGUUAUUGUUAGAAGUUGGGUUAUCAAUGCUGGUGCAUGGCUUUUUGCUAUUUGUUUAUGAAAUUAGAAUCUGAUUCAUUAGCUCUAUAGUAUACAAACAACGAGAAAGUUGUAGUUCCUGAUUAAUUUGGGUUGGCUAACAUAAAUCGUCAUAAGAAAUCGUUCCGUGACCAAUGAAUAAUAAGAGUGGAAAAAUAAUUUAAAGAGGGUGAAGAAAGAGAAAUAAAGAGUGAAAGUGAGGGAAUUAAGAUGGGAGAAAACUUUGGGACUUGUGUUUAAAUAGAUAAAUUAUAUCUUAGUGUAUCUCUGUAUAAUAGCUUUCAUCGGGUUAUUUUUGAUGUCAUAGCUACAUUUAACGUAGUAAAAGAAAGAUCACUCUUAAAGAUGUUAGGGACUUUUGUAGUACCAAUCAUGUUUGUCUGGUGAUGAUUUUUGAAAACUAAAAGCAAAUCACCUCCCUUGAACCUAUGUGCUAAGAAAUUCAAUAACCUUAGUUUUGAGAUUGGAAAAUGUUCUUUCUGUUAACUAUUUAGGGACCUUCCUUUUGAUGCAAAUGAUCCUUGAUACUGAAAGGAUCUCCUUGUAAACUUUUCCUAGCAUGAAGGAAUAUGAAAGUGUAUGCUAAUCUGAUAGUAUAAAGGGAGUAUAAUAAUGUAAUGCACUCUUUAAUUUAUUUAUUUUUUUUAUUUUUUGUGUUGUAUGCUUGCAUGAAUAUCAUAAUGUAUUGGGCAAUCAGUGAGAUGCUUCUAAGUAGUAAAUAUGUAUAAGUUCCUCUCUAAUUAGGAUCUCUUGUGAAGUUAAUUAACUUGCAGGAAAUUUAUUCCCCUCCACCUCUUCUGCAUUUAAUAUUUCCAAGUCUUUUGUCUCAUCAUAUGUUUAAUGGAAUAAUAUUGUUAUCAGUGUUUUAUAUGAUAUGUAUCUAAAAUUGUUCUAAGUCCUUUGACACCAACGACAACAGAAGAAGGAGAUCCACGAUCUGAUUAUUUGGCUUUUGCAUCUAAUGAUGGCAAAAAUAUCAACCAACUCUUUUUUGCACCAUAUAAUGAGAAAUAAGUGUUGUGUUUAGGUGAUUAUGAAUGUUUUAGUGAGAGAAACUCUCUCCUCUCUCUAAAACCAAUGGAACGGUAACUCCAUUGCUGAUCAUUCCAGUUCUGUUAAUAGCUAUCUCUGGACCUCGGUGACCUCUCCGAUUACGGUGGUCGUGGCAAGGAAGUCGAAAGCUCAGGGAAAGCAACCGGUGACGUCGACUGGAAAAAUGAAGGGCCCACAGUCGGAUACUCAGGUAAAAAAUGUGAAAUCGAUGGAUGAAAUUUUGGGGAUAACUGCGUUAGAUGUGGAUAGUAUUGUGCAGGAAUAGAUUCUCUCGCUAAGAACGUCUCUGGAAACGUUAAAAAGGCAGUCGGAGGUUCGAACACAGUUCUCUGAAUGGCUGGAUGUGAUGCAGAAAUCGCAUGGGCAACAAUCUGAAAGAAAUGUAAGUAUUGAUCCUGUUCCAAUCUUCUUUUCUCCUGAUAAUGUGGUAAAUGAGAAUAAAGCUCCAUCACCUGUUAGGAUUGAGUUAGAAGAAAUCCAACCUGAAAUAGAUUUCUGGGCUUCAUCUAUAUGAUGUUAUGUGGUUAGUAGUAAUCCUCCUCAGAUUGUUAUGGAAGGUUUCAUCAGGAGGGUGUGGAGAAAUAUGGGGGUAGACAAGGUGAUUUUGGUGAAGAAAGGGUUGUUUAUGAUAAGGUUUAAGACCACGGAGAAGAGAGAUCAACCUUUGAAGGAUCAUAUCUUCUUUGAUAGUAAACCUGUUAUUAUUAAACCCUGCCACUAGGGUAUAGAUAUGCUAAAGGAAGAUGUCAACACCCUCACUACAUGGGUUCAUCUGCACUUAGAGUUUAAAUACUGGGGAGAGGGUUGUUUGAACAAGAUUGUUGGGUAGGUGGGGAAAGUUGUGAAGUGUGAUCAAGCCACAAUCAAGAGAGAAAAAUUGCAAUAUGCUCGUGUCAUGUUAGAAGUCCAGGUGGAUAAGGACUUCCCAGAAGAGAUAUCCUUCAUUAAUGAGAAGGAACAGUUAACAAGGGUGAAAGUAGAAUAUGAAUGGAAGCCUGUUAUAUGUCAGCAAUGUAAGGUUGUUGGUCAUACUAUUGGGGAGUGUAAGAAGAAUGUAGUUAGACAAGAGUGAAGGAAGAAAGAGCCUCAAGUGGAGCAACCUCAGAAUGUUGGUGGUGCAAAAGAGGUGGAGCAGGAGUUUCAGAGAGUAAGGAACCCAGCCAGAAGGCUGAUACAAUCACCUGCACCAAUGGAUACAAUGAAUGAGUUUCAGCAGUUAACGGAGGAAACUGAAGUUGUGGUGGGGCUUGUUCAAUGUUCAAAAGUGAAUGUUAUCGACACAGAGGGGGGGGGGGGGGGGGGGCUACCUCCUGAUGUUAAUGGAUAGUAUUGUAUGUUGGAAUGUUAGGGGGAUUUACAGCAACCAGAAGCAAUUAGAUGUUAAGAAAUUUCUUAACAUGAAGAAUGUGGGGGUUGUUAGUCUCCUUGAGACAAAGGCAAAGGCCCCUAAUCUAGGAGACCUUUAUCAUAGGUUGUUUGCAGGAUGGUGUUUUACCUCAAAUGUGGUGAACCAUAAAGGGGGGAGGAUAAUAUUGGCCUGGAACCCAAAUAGUUUCCAUGUGAAUAUUCUAAAAUCAACCAGCUAGAUGAUUCAUUGUAGUUUGGAAGAGAGAACUGGAGGUAAACCUCCUUUUUGAUGUACAUUCAUAUAUGCUUUUAAUAGUGCUUUGGAGAGGUGUGCUCUGUGGGAAGAUCUUAUAGCACUUCAUGUCCACAUCAGGGGACCUUGGGUCAUGAUGGGGGACUUUAACUGCAUAAUGAAGCCUGAAGAAAGAAUAGGUGCUGCAGUAAGGCCUCAGGAGAUUGUAGAUAUUCAAGACUGUAUGUUAAGGUGUGGGAUGACUGACCUGAACAACACUAGAUGCUUGUUUACUUGGAAUAACAAGCAGAAGGAGGACACUAGGGUUUUUUGCAAAUUAGAUCGUGUCAUGGUAAAUGAAGCAUGGGAGGAAGCUUUUCCAAGUGCAAAUGCCCAUUUCAUGCCAGAAAGUUAUUUUGAUCACUGCCCAAUGGUGGUUCAAGUAUAUCCUCAGUUACAAACAGGUAGAUCUCCCUUUAAAUACUAUACUAUGUGGAGUUCAGCAAGUAACUUCCAAGAGAUUGUGAGAGCUUGUUGGGAUACUAGAAUAGAAGGCUCUCUCAUGUUCAGAGUGGUUAGCAAGUUGAAACUAGUCAAAAAGGCUCUGAAAAAAUUGAAUGCAGAGGGAUUCAAUGAUAUGCAUGCUGCUUGAACAAAGGCAAUGUAACACUUGUUAAAAUGACAGGCUAAGAUGAAAGAGGAUAUAGAAGACCCUGCAAAAAGAGAAGCAGGACAUAAUGCAAAUGUGGAGUAUAGAAGAGUGCAUAAUCUAUACAUGUCCUUUCUGAGCCAAAAAGCAAAAUUGAGUUGGUGCAAAGAGGGUGAUGAGAAUUCCCAUCUAUUCCAUCAAUCAAUCAAGGCUAGGAGAGUUAAAAAUAAUGUAUAUGAUAUACAUGAUAGUGUGGGUGUAUGGCAAGAUGAACCUCAGAAGGUUAUUGAGGCUUUUCUCAGAUACUAUGAGGAGCUGCUAGGCAAGCCUAUGACUGGGAGAGUGCCUGUCAAGUAAGGGGUGAUUGAGAGGGGUCCCAUGCUUAUUGAGGAUCAGAUCCAAGGCUUGAGUAGAAGUUUUGAUGCCGAAGAAGUAAAGAAGGCUGUUAAAUCUAUUCCUGAAGAGAAAGCUCCAGGACCUGACGGGUUUGGAGGCUUUUUCUAUAAGGAUACAUGGGAGAUAAUUGGCCAAGAUGUGACUAAUGCUGUGCUAAACUGCCUACAAAUAGGGAAGCUAUUGAAGGAGGUUAAUGCCACUAUUUUAACCAUGGUCCCUAAGGUUGCUUGCCCAAGUAGUGUAAUGGAAUUUCGACCUAUUACAUGCUGCAAUGUCUUGUACAAGAUUAUCACAAAAGUAUUAUGUAAUAGGUUAAAAAUGGUGCUGCCAAGUCUAAUAUCUGAGAAUUAAGGGGCUUUUGUCCAUGAGAGGUUUAUUGUACACAAUAUCAUGGUAUGCCAAGACUUGGUGAAACACUAUGGUAGGAAGGGAGUUAGAUCUAGUGUUUUGAUGAAGCUAGACAUGAAGAAGGUUUAUGAUACCAUUGGUUGGGAUUUUUUACAGGAUAUGUUGGUGGCCCCGAAAUUCCCUAGCCACUUUGUAAAUCUCAUCAUGAUAUGUGUGAGAACUCCAAAAUUUUCUCUUAUGAUUAAUGGCUCCUUACAUGGUUUCUUUGAAGCUAAGAGAGGUAUUAGGCAGGGGGACCCAAUGUCCCCCUUGCUCUUUGUCAUUUGUAUGGAGUAUAUGUCAAGGGUAAUGAAUAUCCUCCAAGAGGUUCCUAGAUUCUCUUUUCACCCAAGAUGUAAGAAUUUAAAGUUAAACCAUCUGGUGUUUGCUGAUGAUGUAAUACUGUGUUGUAAAGGAGAUUUUCCAUCUGCCUACUUGAUAUUACAAGCUUUUCAGAUAUUCUCUAACUCAUCUGGGUUAAGAAUAAAUGAAAUGAAGUCAGAUUUUUAUUCAGCUGGUAUGGAUCACAACACUAUCCAGAGAAUAAGGGAGGUUUCUGGUUUUAGGCAUAGUAGAUUGCCAUUUAGGUAUUUGGGGGUCUCCAUAUCAGCAAGAAGAGUUUCUGUAGGGGAGUGCCAUGUAUUGGUGGAUAAAAUGUGUGCAAAGAUCAAAGUUUUGCAGUCUAGGAACCUUUCCUAUAGUGGCACACUUCAGUUAGUUAACUCAGUGUUAUUAAGCAUACAUAUAUAUUGGGCCCAGAUUUAUAUCAUGCAUAGGAGUGUUCUUGAAAAGAUAGAACAAGUUUGUAGAGCAUAUUUGUGGCAUGGAACUCAUUUUAGCAUGAAAGCUGGUAAUGUUGCUUGGGACAGGGUUUGUUUAGAAAAGAAGGCAGGAGGUCUGGGGAUCAGAAACAUCAAUUUAUGGAACAAGGCUGCAAUGAUGAAAUAUGUUUGGGCUAUCACUACCAAACAAGAUUCAAUGUGGAUAAAGUGGGUGAAUGGUGUGUAUAUUAAGGCUGAAAACUGGUGGGAGUACACACCCAAUUCAGGAAGUAGCUGGUAUUGGAAACAGAGUUGUAGAAUGAAAGAGGAAGCUAAGAUCAUCUAUAGUGAAAAUGAGUUGAAACAGAUAACCAAAUUCUCUAUUAAAAAGUGCUAUCAACUGCUUGUAGGGAAGAUGGAUAGAGUUCACUGGGAUAGAUUUUUCUGGAACAAGCUUGCUGUGCCUAAACACAGAUUUAUAUCUUGGCUCAUCAUGUUGGAAAGGCUAAGAACAACAGACAGGUUGGUGGCUUCAGGUAUCUGUAUUGAUGACAAUUGUGUAUUAUGUACAGGGAAGGAAUCACAUAGGCAUUUGUUCUUCGAAUGUGAUUAUGCUCUCAAGUGUUUGAGAAUGAUGCAAAGCUGGCUGAAUCUGAAUUAAUCCCAAUCAUGGUUUAAUAGAAUGGUAAUAUUCCUGUCGAAGAACUAGAGAUCUCAAUUCCAGAGAAGAGAUAUAGCUGCAGCAUAUAGUGCUCUUGCAUACUAUAUAUGGUGGGCCAGAAAUGAAGUGGUUGGAACCUGAAAGUCUGGAGGCCUGAGGUUAUCAUGGAGAGGAUUAAAAGUAUAGUCCUGUUAAGAGUCAGUCUAGUUCUCCCAAAGAAGCUUUCUGUAAAGGAUCAUGAUUGGUUUGAAGUAUUAAAGUGUAAAAAUGUAUAGAAGUAUUGUUUGUUUACUUGCUUGGGGUUGAGGAGUCUAACCUAGUUGGUUUGCUCUCCCUAAGUUAAGUGUUAGGUUGUAAUGAUUUGUGGUGUUUAAUGAGAGUUUACUUAUUUAGCAAAAAAAAAAGUGUUGUGUUUAGUCUAUGUGAAUUAUUAUUUGAGUACAAAAGUUAUGGUGUUAUUUAAA